CCUUUUUUGUGAAUGAAGCGCCGCAGUGCCUCGUCCUGGGGUCCCGGGCACAGCGACGCGUGGAAUUGGUCCGCGCCGCUCAGUCCGCAACAACCGCGGUCGCGGGGGCGGGGACGGCAGCGUCGUGCGUGUGGCGGGGCCGGCGCGGGCCAUGGUGGCGGCACCCUGACGCGCCGCCACCGCCUCCAUGAAGCGGAAGGGCGAGCUGCGGCCGGGAUGGGCCGCGCCCCCCUGCUCGCUGCGCUGCUCCGCUGCCGCGCGCACGGGGAAGAGGAGCCGCCGCGCGGAGACCCGCGAAGACCUGUACCUGGACGUCACCGAUCGCCUUUGUUUUGCCAUUCUCUACAGCAGACCAAAGAGUGCAUCCAAUGAACAUUAUUUCAGCGUAGAUAAUGAACUUGAAUAUGAGAACUUCUACGCAGAUUUUGGACCACUGAAUUUGGCAAUGGUUUACAGAUACUGUUGCAAGAUAAAUAAGAAACUAAAGUCCAUUACAAUGAUGAGGAAGAAAAUUAUUCAUUUUACUGGCUGUGAUCAAAGAAAACAAGCUAAUGCUGCUUUCCUUAUUGGAUGCUACAUGGUUAUAUAUUUGGGGAGAACUCCAGAAGAAGCAUAUGGAAUAUUAAUCUUUGGAGAUACAUCCUAUAUUCCUUUCAGAGAUGCUGCCUAUGGAAGCUGUAGCUUCUACAUUACACUUCUUGACUGUUUUCAUGCAGUAAAGAAGGCAAUGCAGUAUGGCUUCUUUAAUUUCAACACAUUUAACCUUCAUGAAUAUGAACACUAUGAAAAAGCAGAAAAUGGAGAUUUAAAUUGGAUAAUACCAGACCAAUUUCUUGCCUUCUGUGGACCUCAUUCAAGAUCCAGACUUGAAAGUGGUUACCACCAACAUUGUCCAGAGACUUAUAUUCCAUAUUUUAAGAGUCACAAUGUUACUACCAUUAUUCGGCUGAAUAAAAGGAUGUAUGACGCUAAGCGCUUUACGGAUGCUGGUUUCGAUCACCACGAUCUUUUCUUUGCGGAUGGCAGCACUCCAACGGAAUCCAUUGUCAAAGAGUUCCUGGAUAUUUGUGAGAAUGCUGAGGGCGCCAUUGCAGUACAUUGUAAAGCUGGCCUUGGUCGGACUGGCACCCUGAUUUCCUGCUACCUCAUGAAGCACUACCGGAUGACGGCAGCCGAGAGCAUCGCCUGGGUCAGAAUCUGUAGGCCCGGCUCAGUGAUCGGGCCUCAGCAGCAGUUCCUGGUCAUCUGUAUUUUGCUGUUGCUUGAAUGCUCUAGGAAACAAGCAAGCCUCUGGCUGGAAGGUGACUGCUUUCGUCAGAAGCUAAGGGGGCAGGAGAAUGGACCACACAGAACUGCCUUCUCCAAACUCCUCUCAGGUGUCGAUGACAUUUCAAUAAACGGGGUUGAAAAUGAAGACAAGCAGGAACCUGAACUGUUCAGUGAUGACGAGGAAGUCAGUGGAGUCACGCAAGGCGAUAGACUUCGAGCCCUGAAAAGCAGAAGACAAUCAAAAGCACAUGCUAUCCCCCUCGCAUGCCCCCUAGCUGUGCUGGCCUCUGCGCUCGGUAGCGUUGCCAUGUGGUGGAUUGUGUGUGACUACAUCCUCCCCACCCUGCUCUUCUGUCUCGAUGGUUUCAGAGCCCAGUAGCCAUCAGGACCCUUGGCAGAUAGCUGCUGUUCCCUCCAUCUCAAGGACCAAAACAGUUUUGCGCUAAGUAGAAACCUGUGACCUGAACUGAAGAAAGAUUCUAGGAACAGAAAACUCCUGCAGGACUUAGCAGUUUAUUUAAGAACAAAACAGAAAUUGCAAAAGCCUUAGUUGCUUCCACCUAAGAAAUUUACUCACUGAAGAAAACGUCUGAUGGAGGCUCUGUAACUCCCCAGGUUUGGGGAUAAAAGAAGACUUGAAAGGCCCAGCUUGCCAUUUUUGCAGAAUUCUCAAGCCAAAUGAGGAAAUGAUGUUGUAAUUUAGUCUCAGGUUUAAAUACCACGGCCCCCUGCCGUCUGGAGAGCUGAUGUUGGUGGUCCACGUGUGUCCCCAAGGUGGCAGUUGUGUUUGCUGCUGCCCAUCAGAAGAGCCGAGGAUGUGAUGGAGGUUUCGUACGUAUUUAUUUUCUGUUCACCCUGUGAUUCUGUGUGGAUCUUUGUAAAGAUAAACCAGUCUUUUCAGGAAUGCUACUUCCUGUCAUCAGAUGCCGUUCGGGUUCCUCUUCUCUUUGCCCUUUGUGAUACUUUUGUCAUGUUUACUCUGUGAAGUACCCAAGCUGCUUGUCUUCUACCAAAGAGUGCUUUAUGAACAUGAAUCUGUGAAGCCCCCGUGAAAACACUGCUGCAUGCUGUCAUGCCAAAUGGUACUGUGCGCCCCUCAGACUUGCCAGAGAACAUUCAUAGAAGCUUUAGAAGACUCCAGCGGAGAAACUGGUUUCAGAGUUGAAGAUUCUUGCCAAGUCCUUUUUUUCUCACGGACUACAGAACAGCAAGGCUGUGUAUCUCUAGGUUGCCAGCCACACAAAGUCAAGUCAGAUUUCUUUCCUUGCAUAUGCAGGAGGUGCCCGCUGUUGAUUUUUACCCUUUAAAACCACAACCCCAAAUAAUGUUGGCUUUAAAAACAAAAAUGUUGUAACAUUUCAGAAUCUUCUGUAACACUGUGGAUUUUUGUUUUUCUCUUAUAAUCAGUGUAUGGCCAUUCAUGUAUUCAGAUUUCAGUAAUGAUUACUUGCUUUUGGAUUUUGGAUUGUAGUAAGAGAACUCACUGUUGCCUUUGGUUAGGGAAUCCAACUAGUAACUGCAGCGUGCCUUUUCCCCUACCCCCUCCUGAAACACAGCAGGGCUGUGAUGGAAGCAAUCAUAAAAUAGUUUUAUCUGCUGCUCAAAACAAAAACCAGGGCCCAUGAUUAAAGACUGUUUUGCAGAUCCCUUGCUCCUGCUGUCCAGGGCCGUCCUAGGAAGGCACAUCCCACUUCCUGGGAGCCAGGUCUGGUCCGUGCUUCUGGGACUGGAGCGUGGCAGAGGGCAGGGCUAUCCGGAGACCAGACGAAUGUAUUAGGGCUGGGGUCCUGCUGACUAGGCUACCCUUCUUGUAGUUGGAACACACUGAAGUGUGUUUACUCAAAAAGGAGUUAGAAGACGGUGGUUCCUCAUUUCACUGUUGUACCCUUGGGGUGAAGUGAGACACUGAGUGGCUUGGAGAGGGGCAGCUCUUUGGCCAGCAGGCCUAGUGAGUGGGAUUGCACCAGCAUCUAAACCUGGGGGCUGAAGCCCAGGACACAGUGGUUUUCUGUCCCUGGGAAUGAGUAGGCAUACGAGGAGCAUUCUCCUGUGCCAGGAGACAGAAUGUUCGUCCUGUGCCCGGAUGUAAAUCCUGGUUCUCAGCGCAUCCUUUGAGGCCUGCUGCUCCAUUCCUCAUCCAGGUGGGAUGCAGACCACACUGCCCUCGGAGCUGUGCAUGUCUUGGCUUUCUCUUAGGGCAGAGCAAGGAAACGUGCCCCGUCUCCCCCAUCUUGCUCCCUCCCUGUGAACAAGUGUGUGGGGUCUUGGCCAAGAGUGAAACCUUUGGGCCUCACUGCUGCUCGUAGUGCUUUUUUGUUUUAUGAAUCGCUUUGUGUUGGCUGCUCAAGUUUCCAGUAGCAUUGUUACGCCUGGGGCUCUCACUAACAAUCCCUGAUCCCCAUGUCUAACAAGCUCAUUGGAGUUAAUUGGUCCUUGUAUAGGCAGAAGAGCAGGAGCAGUGCAGCAGACAGGUUGUAUAGCAACAGUUAAAGUCUUUCCUGCUGUAAGAGCGGACUCCCCACUGGCCAGAACCAGGACUGCUCCGAGAGCUGGAGUGUGACUUAGGCCUGUUACAUGUGACCCUGUUGCCAUGGCGUAGAAAACAGUGCCUGUCAGAUGUCCAGCUUCCUUUGAUUUAGAGCCUUAAAUAGCAUUAAAGUCCACCCAAACCACUUCGGAUGGAAUUAAGAUUAGAAUUGAAUAUCCGUAGGUGCCCUUGAAGCUUUCUGGGGAUUCAGAUCAUCAAGAGUCAGAGAGUCAGUUGUAUGCCGAGUUUUCCAGGUCCAAACUUGAUCCUCUUUAACCCAGGCCUCCUCCCCACGAUCCGGGGAGUGGUGUCUGCUCUUGGGAGUCAGUGUUGUCUUAUAGAGGCCGAUUUGCCUGACCGGGUCUGAGAUUGUCUUGUGCCGCCUACCUUCCUGGGGCUUCCCCUUUGCCUGCAGCACCAGCCUUGAGAGAUGACCAAGGCUCCUACUGGGUGUUCUAAGAGCAGGUCAGCUGCCCCUUUUCAUAAUAUUUUUUAAAAAACUCUUACUGCACUUCAGAAAGGAGCACUCAUCAGCAACCACCUUAAACCAUCCUUUAUUUUUUGAGUAGUUCUCUUCCACUGAAAUGCCCUGGUGAGGUUAGUUGCUGCUCUUCCUUUUCUCCUAAAUCUGAGUAUUUUCCAUGUGGAUGGGUGGAAAUACUAUAGAUGUAUUUAAAAGACUAGACGAUUCGCCUAUACUGUGUAGGAAGUUACCUCCUUAACUACCCAGUGGAACUGUCAGCAGACUUGUUCAUGGGAUUAGAGUACUGCAGUUUUAUAUUAAUACUUGGUGGGCUUUUAUCUAAUGCGCACUCAUGUACAGAUUAUUAAGAGUUUUAAAAUAACUGAGUAAUCAGUAUUUGAUCAAUCGUUGUGUUGAUUUUUUUAUUAAAAUGUAUAUUUCUAAUCAUUUUUUAAAGCUGAGAGGUUGAAUGUUUAUUUUCAUGAAGGUAUUUUUAAGAUAAAGCUUCUUAAUGGCCUGUAAACUUUGCAUAUAUAUGUAGUUUGAUACAUACUGUUGCAAUUGAAAAUCUUGUGUAUUGUAACUGUUUUUAUACAAAAUGCUGAAUAGUGGCAAUUGUGUAAUUACAAUCGUAA